UCAUAAUACCAAUUAGUGGGAGAUGGUGAGGAAAAUAUGACAGAAUGGCAGUUUUGAGGGUGAAUAUAAUAAUAAUAAUCAAAUCUUAAUGCACAAUCUCUUUACAGACUGUAUAGGAACAAUUAUGCCUUUAUAAAGAUAAUGCUCAGUUUUGAUUGAACUUGUGUGUUAAAUGUCUAUUGCUCUGGCUGCAGUUCAUUUUGGUGUACAGCUGUACUGGACCACAUUGUAUUGUGUAUUUAUUUUAAUGUUUUGGUUGCAUUACAUGCUGUAUACGCAAAGGGCAAAACACCAGAAACGCCUCAAUCAUUCUGUAUAAUAGCGCUCAUGUUGGAUGUCACGGGAUUGUGCAGCUCUAACUACAGUUGUGAAGCCGCUGAAUGUUUUCUUGUCAGAAACUACUGUCAAAAGAAAAUAUUAAGAUUUCUCAAUCAGAAAAGUAUGGAUUAACUAAAGUUUUACUUUGUGGAAUUUUUGUUGACAUUUAGUAACAUGUUUGGAGGAAACAGUGGAGAACGUUAACUGUGGAAUUCAGGGAGUGGAUAAAAAAAAAAUGACAGUGGAUCUGGAAUUUUGGUCAGAAAAUGACAAAAGAGACUGUCAAACAAAAGAGCGUGUGAGAUUAAAUUACUAGAAAACAGCCAGAGGGAACCCUUAUAAAUCUCUUCCGCUUUGUAUUUAAAGUUGGAUUGGGUUCAUUAUCUUGCCCCACACAGGACCGGAAAGGUGAAAAACACCGGCAUCAAAAGAAUCUGGAUUACAGUGAAGAACAAUCCACUUGGAUUAAUUGGAUUACAAAGAAACAAUUCCAAAGAAGAAUUUUUUUCUGGUCAGCCCACUUAACUGUCAUACCUAUGACGACAUUCUCAAACUGACCCCUGCCACCCUGAGACCAUGUUCAGUCCCAAGAAGAACAGUCUCUCUUCCCCCAUCUUGGAGGACUCCUUUUUCCCGCUCUCGCCUACCUCUCCAAUCUCGCUCUCCUUCGCCCUCCCCACAUCCACGCCAGACCGUGGUGACAUCGACAGCGGGGGCGGCAUAGAGACUGACCUGAUUCUGGCAGCUGAGCUGGGACAGGCUCUGCUGGAGAAGAAUGAGGAACUGGCCGCCGCUCUGGAGGAGAAGGCGAAAGAAGUGGAGGUGUUACAACAACAGAAGCAUGUUCUGCAAAGGAGGCUGGAAAUGAAUGAACUGGCAUCUGGACAGAAGGAGGCCGAACUGAAUGGAGAUUUGGCCGCCUUACGUUCUGAGCUGGACCGCCAUCACACUCAGGGGCGGGACCGUCGCAAGGAUGAGAGUGAACAGCUGACUCAGUUAUCCAACCAUAACCAGCGCUUGGUGGAGCAGCUGUCAGAGGCUGUGACGCUGGAACAUUCCUUGAGGACUGAGAUUCGUACCCUGAGAGAGGAGAUGGACGAGUCCUCCUUUAGCCGGAAUAUCAGCUCCACACAAUUAGAAAGCACACUAGCAGAGAGCCGAAUUCUGAAGGGGCGCCUGUGUCACAUAGAAGCCCAGCUGAAGACCUCCCAGGAGGACAGCAAUAGACUGCGCUCGGAGCGGAACGUCCUGAGGGACAGAGUGUCGGAGCUCCAGGUGCAGCUGAAAGAGAAAGAGACAGAGCUAGAGCAGGAGCAAGGGGUGAUGUUUGAGUUGCGUACCAUGAAUCGCUCUCUCCAGCAAAAUGCCCUGAGCCUGGAAGAAGAGAGCAUCCUGGACACUACACACACACGACCUUUGUCCCUGCUUAGUGAAAUUCAGCAAUCCCAGGCCAAAGAUGCACUCUUAGCCCACUCUGUGGCACUGCAAGCGAGAGAUGAUGAGAUAGCAGCACUGAAAGAGGAGCUGAAAUCCCAACAAGAAGAACUGGAGUCACUGCGAGAGGAAAUAAAGCCAUUUCGAAGCAGUCCAGAUGCGCCAAGUUAUAGUUUGCUAGAGAGUGAGUUGGCCACGGUGCGACAGGAGAAAGACUUACUGACCCAUCAGCUUCUCAAUACCAUCCAACACAAAGUGGCCCUGUCCCAAGAGCUGGACGCUUGGCAGGAGGAUAUGCGGUUGGUGAUCAAUCAACAGGUGCUGCAGAAGGAGGAGGACAGACUAAAGAAAGCUCAGCAAGAGCAAACGAGCAUAGGAGGACUCCAAAGAAGCAAGUCUUUGAAAUUGAAAGGCGAAGGAGGAAAAGGAUUCUUCUCUUCCCUUUUUAGAGAGAAAUAAUACAAAUGGAAACAGUAAACUGCCACUUUAAAGUACAAGAGGAGUGAACAUUUUACAUUUUUUGGAGCAUAACAAGAAGCAGGUGUAUAUAUCUAUAUAAUUGUAUUUAUGGAUGUACAGUAAAGAAACACUAUCAAUUUUUAUUGCUUUUCAUUAAAAUGUUAUUUGGGA